AUGCCGAAAGAAGAAGGAAUGUCUAAUUUGAUAAGAGCGAAACGAGAUGAUGACCCACCAUUAAUGUCAUUAAAUAUGGUGAAAUCAUCAUCGCGAAUAGAAAUAUUUAUAGAGAGCAGCGGGAAUCUGAAACAAACAAAUUGGAUUCAUUCAAAUUUCAUCGUCGACUCAAAUGACGAUGAAAAAGCAAAUAUUUUUGGAUCAUUGAGUGAUCACGAUGGAGAAAUUAUAGCCAGUGAAAUGAGAAACUUAUUGACAUUUGUUGAUAACCGUAAAGUGACACAUUUGCAUGCUGUCAUCGACGCUCUUUAUAGAUAG